AUGGGCCUUCUACAUCUCAGUCUGUUACUGCUGAUUCUCUCCAGUCAGUCUCUGGUUCAGCCACUGAGGGUGUACAUUGAUGGAGCUGAGGGAAAUGACAGUCUAGAGUGUUUGAAUUCCAGUUCCAUUGAGACUCCAUGUCAGUCUCUCUCAUUUGUAUCCCAGAAUCUGACUCAGAAACACUUUGUAGCCAUUGAAAUUUUGGGUGAUGUGCUGAACUUGACAAGAGCUGUGGACUUCACUGACUACUCUAAUCUCACCAUCAGUGGCUCUGGAAGUAACACCACACUUCACUGCAAUGAAGCAGAUGCUGGACUGGCAUUUGUUCGAGUGGUGAAUCUAUCAAUGUUCUCCUUCACUGUGCAAAACUGUGGAGCUCCGAGACCUAGCACUACUCACCCACGUUACCUCCCUAUUGCUGUUUAUGUCCUCAACAGUAGUAACGUGUCAUUGAGUAGUGUAGACAUCGUCUCAUCAAAUGGUACAGGGCUCUCCAUGUAUGACACGAAUGGAGAGGUGGGCAUCGCGUACUGCAACUUUGUCAAUAACAGUCUGGCAAACAAGAGUGAGUCGGGAGGUGGUGGUUUGUACAUAGAGUUCACUAUUUGUACACCUGGAUUUACCGGAGACUCUUGUAAUGGUCACAAUGAUCGUAACAAGUACAGCAGCUACAAUAUCAAUCAUUGCAACUUUACAAAUAAUUCGGCAUCCUCUCCACAACAGGCCAACAAGUUUAUACUGCCUUCACAACAGGUGUUUGUUCCCAGACUUGGAAAAGGUGGAGGGUUAUACAUAAGCCUCGGUUCGAAUGCAGCAGAUAAUGUUUUCCGGGUGAACUUUUGUACUUUCAAAAAUAACCAGGCUGUUAACAAUGGAGGGGGUAUGAUUGCUGAAUUCCUCAACUCGGUGGAAAGGAACCGUGUGAUAGUUAGUGACACCAGUUUCAUAGACAACGUAUGUAUGCAAACUCAGUUCUCGGAUGCUGGAGGACUUACUGUUGGAUUCAUCUUUUACAUCACUGAGGGAGAACAUCCACAAGACAACACGUUUGAAUGCCAUUUUUGUUCAUUCAAGACAAACAGAGCACACAUGGGAGGGGGAACUGCAAUAUUUGCAACCAAAGACACUCGCCGGUCGUCAUUAAGCAGUAUUCUGUUUUCCAACUGUGACUGGAUUGAGAAUGAGUCUGCCAUGGGGGCUGCUGUGUUUAUCACUCCUGCUAUCUGGGACUAUACCAAAGAAGGUUACCUACCAGUUCCUAAGUUCCAGGAUUGUCAUUUUGAAUCGAACUCUGCAAUUCAACAGCUGAAACCACCCAUGGCAGAAGGCAUUGGAGUAGAAGUGAAAUCUACUCUGACAUUUGUGGUCCAAGCCGAACUAACAGGCUAUGUGGUGAGUGUUCCCCUGGUCGUUCUGUGUAUCACAACUCUUUCAAGCGAACGUGUGGCUCUGAGCAUCUGUGCCACUUUGGCUGCCAGAACCACCUUCCAUAUCCUGAACCCCUCGUGUCUCUAUUCAGCCAACUUUAGCUGUAGAGUAAAGGUUGUGCAUCUGGCUGGACACUUGACCUAUUUCGAGGGAGAACAUAUCCCAUAUGUCAUUGCUGCAAUCCUUGUUCUUCUCUUCAUGAUCGUAAUCCCACCACUUCUGCUAGUAUCCUACCCACUGGUGUUCAAGCUGUUUGGUCACUGCAACCAGAGUGAGACAAAACCGGUCACCAUUCUCUGGAGGAUGAUGCCAAUACAGUUCCUUGAUGCAUUCCAGAGCUCCUUCAAGGACAAGUAUCGCUUCUUUGCUGGACUCUACUUCCUGUAUCGUGCUGCCAUUCUCGCCUUUUUUGUGGGCUGUCAGUCAUGGCUGGAGUUUUACACUACUGUGCAGCUUCUAUUGAUUGUUAUUACGACAGUUCAUUUCGUCAUCCAGCCACACAAGGAAAGAAAGCACAACAUCGUGGACUCCCUUCUCUUUGCAAACCUCUCCCUCAUCAAUGCCAUCACCCUCUACUACUAUGGCAGGACUGAGGUGUUUGACCAGUUUAGGUCCGAGAUGCUGAUCAGUUCCCUGGCGAUAGUUCAGGCUGCUCUGAUUAUCUUACCUUUGCUUGUUGUCAUUAUUCUUCGUGUGGUUGAGUGGAAGAUGCGAAGGAAAAGGGAUGACUAUGAAGGUAUUCAGUAG